UGUGUGAGGGUGCUUUGCUAAUCCUCUUGUUAUCUUGGCCAUGUUACUGGCCCCUACAGACACAGUAAUAUUUCUGCAGUUCAUCUCAUUCCCCACUAGGGUGUUAACAGCUUAGUAGUGAAUUGGGUGGAAAGUACCCAUCAGCAACUGCUGCCUCAACAUUUCAGCCGGGACUUCACAUCUGAAGGGACAGAACUCCAGAUAUGCGUAUUGCAGUAAUUGGUGCCGGGGUCAUUGGCCUGUCGUCAGCACUGUGCAUACAUGACCGCUAUCAUUCUAAGGUGACCCCUCUGUCCAUUGAUGUGUAUGCGGACCGGUUCACUCCACUGACCACCAGUGAUGGGGCAGCAGGACUGUGGCAGCCUUACUUGUACGAUAACGGCAAUACACAGGAAACCAAAUGGAACAAAGAGACAUUUGAUUACCUUCUAAGCCUCAUCAACUCUCCUGAUUCCAUCAAAAUGGGAAUCUACACCCAGUCUGGAUACAACCUGUUUACAGAGCCAAUGCCGGAACCCUCUUGGAAGGACAUUGUGCUUGGCUUCCGGCACCUUACCCCUCAAGAGAUGAAGAUGUUCCCCGAUUAUAGCUGUGGUUGGUUCAACACUGCCCUUAUGAUAGAAGGAAAGAGUUACUUGCCAUGGCUCAUGGACAGGCUCACUGAACGUGGGGUGAAAUUUCACCAAAAGAAGAUUGCAUCGUUCCGAGAGCUGGCUGACCGCAGAGUGGAUGUCAUUCUGAACUGUACUGGAGUGAGAGCUGGUGAGCUGCAGCCAGACCCCCUGUUGAAGCCAGGACGAGGGCAGAUUUUGAAGGUGGAUGCUCCCUGGUUGAAACAUUUCAUCAUAACCCACAACUCUAAAACUGGCGUGUAUUCUACACCCUACAUCAUUCCAGGAAGUCGCUCAGUGACUGUCGGAGGAAUUUUUCAGGUGGGAAACUGGAGUGAAGACAACAACUCUGAGGAUCACAGGAAAGUCUGGGAGGAAGGGUGCCACUUGGUGCCCAGCCUGAAGAAUGCCAGAAUUCUGGAUGAUUGGACAGGCCUGCGGCCAGUGCGCAGUUCAGUGCGACUGGACAGUGAGACAUUGCAGUUUGGAGACAAACAGUGUGAGGUUAUCCACAAUUAUGGACAUGGAGGUUAUGGACUCACCAUCCACUGGGGCUGUGCGCUGGAAGCCGCAAACCUUUUUGGAAAGAUUCUCGAGAAGAAGAAGCUGACCACUCACUCCCGCUUAUGAGCCCUCUGGUGGACAGGGAAUCUUGAGUUUGUGUUACUCAGUGCUGUGCAGCUACGCUUCAAAGGAAUUGAAUUAUUUGACUUUAAUUGCAACAGAUCAAAUAAUUUUUAGUGAUGUUCAUUUUCAGAUUUUAAAAAGAAUCUCACAAGAUGGCCUUUGGUUAACUUAAGGCAAAAAUUUGUUUCAGGCCAUCAGACCUUGAUUCUUACAUUUUUUCUGUGUGAUUCUGUUAGUGUCAGAUUGGUUCCGCACACCAUUCAUUUUGAACAGUGCUGCUUUUUACCUUGUCUUAGUAACGUCAGAAUUGGGAUUCAUUUGUUUGAAGUUUACUUUAAUUCACUAUGGAGAAUGCUGGCUCACCAGAGCUACUGCACUACGGCUUGAUACUUCUAGUGUCAUGGGACAUUGUGACGCUAUAUAAAACAAUCAGAUGCUCGUGCAUCAUUGACACUAAAGAGCACAUAUACAAAUCUCACUGCCAAAUGAAUUUUUACUAUCAGAGGAAUAGUUUUUUGCUUUGUGAUUUUAAUGGGAAGCAGUGCGGGCUAAUCUGAUACAGGACAAAAAAAUUAAAGACACUUAAAUAUUUAUACAAUGCUA